GGUGGCAGCAGAAUACCGCGGAACGCUCACACCACCGGAAAGCGUAGAAGAAGAAGUGAAGCCCAAACAAACCCUGUACAUGUGGACUUCAGCUCGAACUUAACAGAACCACAGAAAAGUGUUGGUGUCGUGUUCUGGUGGUUCGUCAGUGAACAUGGACGACGAGCACACCGCCGGGUUCAGGGAGCCCUGUGCUCAGUGUGCAGCGGUGGACUGGGGCGUUUCAGACGAGGGUCGUUUCUACUGCAGGUCCUGUCACAACGUCAUCGAGAGAACCAGAGAGGUGGUGGACCCCAACUUCACUCCUGGCUCCACCCGGAUCAGCACCAUCAGCAGAGGAUCCAGAACCAAGAGGCCCGAGCGCGGCCGUCAGUGGAUGAUCUGUGAGGGUUUCCAGUUCAUCCUGAGGAAUCAGGCCGACGCUCUGCUCCGACUGGGAGUCAGUCCAAACUUUAAGGACGACGUGCUGUGUCAGCUGUGGAGACUCUACCUGCAGAAGAGUCGACAGGCCUUCACCCACAACCCAGUGACCAGCUCCAAGUUUAAAGUGCGAGGUCUCGACUCGGACUCGGACAGUGCAGCCGAGUUAUCUGUUGUGUCGGCCAAUGAGACGAACCUGUCCUGCACGGCCGAGUCCAACGCAGAGAGCUCCAGUGAGUGGUCGCUGUGUUCUGGUUCUGUGGAUGCUUCCAGCUACCUGUCGGCCCGGCUGCGGAGGACACGCGGGCUGAUGAGCAUGAUGAAGACUUUGGCUCUGAUCCACCUCGCUCUGAUCUGGAGCGCCGAGACACUGACGCUCAGCGACCUGCUCAGGUUGGUGAACGAAGGUCACGUCCCGUAUGUGAACGCUUACGAGGAACUCCCUGAUGAGAUGAAGCUUGAGGGGAAAGACGCUCUCAUCUUCAGAGUAGAGGCUGUCCCGUCUCACCAGACGGUGCAUAAAGAGGCGGAGACUCUACUUCUGUUCCUGCAGCUUCCUGCUUUUCCUCCAGUCAGCCGCCAGAGUCUGCUGCACCCGUCUCUGCUCAGCCUGCGAUACCUGAUGGACGCCAACCUGCCCGAUGAGCUCCACCUGUGGGUCUGCAGACUGGUGGAGCGCACCGGUAUGGCGGAUGAAACGCUCCACGUGUCCGACCGUUUGUUACGUCCUGUCCUGCCGCGCUACGAUGUCCAGGCCGCCGCCCUCAUCAUCGUCACCAUGAAGCUCCUCUUCGGCCUGGAUGACCACACUGAAUGGGAUUUAUCCAAUCAGACAGGCGACCAGGACGACACCGGAGACCUGUUCAACCUGAGGAGGUGGUACCGGCUGCUGCAGGCGGCUCUGAUCCGAGCUCAGCAGAGGAGAGACCGCAGAAUUGCCAGGAAACAGUGGAAAGCAAAGAAACCUCUGUAUGAUAACAAGAGGGAGAAAUACUCCAUGAUAAAGAAUAAGAGAAUAGCAGAGCAGGUGCAGUCAUGUUUUGAGAGGCUGUCUUCCUGUCCGGUGGGCGUCGAUCGCAUCAAUCCGUCCAGCUUCAGGUUCUGUUGGGGGGACGAGGACGGAGCAGACGGUCCCAGUCUGCACCAGAAGAAGCUGGACGGAGUCGUGACCCUGAAACUCGACGUCCUGACGCCCCUGAACUCCACCUACUGGCACCCGGCACUCAAAGCCUGCAAACUGCGGUCCUGCAGCAGUCACUACUCAGAGGUGGAACCGACGCUGCCUCGGACAUUCGUGUGGCUGCUGCAGCUCUUCAGCUUCCUGCUGGAUGUGAAGCCGGCGUACCUGUACGAGGAGGUGCUAAAGGUGGAGAGACGAGCCAUCAACAGCAAAACACAUCGGAGGAAGAGGAGGAGAACCAGGGCCAAGACCCCGGCCGAGACCAAGGCCAAGACCAGGACCAGAACUCAAAGAGGACAAGAAAACAGAUGAGAAACCUUCAAGUGACAUCAGCAGUUUGUUGGUUGUUCAGGAACAAUAAUUUGAUAUCAUGUUGCCAUCGAUGUUCUGAGCCUGACGACAGAUCCUGUUCAGAACCGGUAUCAGCAUCCAUCCUGAGUGGUCUGGUCGCAGGUGGACAGCUCCAUGCACAGGUGUGAAUGAGAAUGACAAUGAGAAUAACAUCCGAUCACUCAGACCACAUUCAGAGGUGGUCUGGAUCACACUGAAGGACCGACCGGCAGCCUAUUGGACCAUUGAACCAGUGACAUCAUCACCAGACUCCCUUAACAAAUGUGUCAGUUUAGUGAGUUGUGCAGAAACACGGAGUCUGUCUGUUUCAUACAGAGCAGGAAGUGACAUCACAAGUGGCCUCAGAUUUGUGAGGACUGAAGUUAAAACCACCUUUCACGUCAAACUGUUGAUUUUCUGCCGUCAUUGUUACACGUUGCAAAUGUUUUUAGAAUAAAGAUUUUAAAGAAUUGA